UGCAUACAUUAGAAAAUGGCCAUAAUCUGCCAAAGGGUGUACGGGCUGUUUUUCACCAGAUGAAUGACUAAUGUUUCCAGUUUACACUGACUUCCUUCCACUGAAGCAGUUACUAACCACACUCUGUGUGCAUUUACACAGAGGGGACAGUAAAGAAAACCACAAUUUCUCUUCUUUAAAAAACAGGAAGAAAAUACAUAAGGAAAAAACAUAUAUAUUAUUAGCAUAUUAUGUUCAGUGAAAGUAGAAUAGUUGUAAGGAAACUCUCUCCCAAUGGGCCCCCAAUAAGAAGAAUAAUAACAUGCAUGUGGGAGGUAUGAGAAGAGAUCUUUCUGUGGUUUUCUGUGAAACAUAAAAAACUUUGGCAGGAAAUAGUCAAACAGAAAAAGGUAAAGCUCUUGGCAUGUGGUAGCAUCAUUUUAUGAAAAACGAUUUAAGACAAACUGUUCAGUUCAGCGUCUUUUUCUUUUUCUCUUUUGAAGAAGCAAAGAUCUGCUAUUCCACACUGAAGGUUGUUUGCUGAAGAAAAGCGUGGACUUUACCUCUGCAUUACCUCCACCGUGAAGACAGUCGCUCAGAGAUGUCAUCUCAUGCUCGUGUGAUGUUCCUAGUUGACACAUGUGUCUGCCUUCCUGUGACUAUUCUUCUCCUCGUGCUUUCAUGUCGUGCUAUAAAACGCGGGCAGGUUCCUGCCAUCUACUACACAAACCUCCUCAUCAGCACUCUCCUCCAGCUGUUCACAAUGAUUGCUUUGGUGGCAAACUCAGACCAGCUUCAGUACAACUCCUCCUCCGUUUCUUGUUAUGCCUUCAGUAUGAUGGCUAAUCUUGGCUUCAAAAUAUGCAUUUCUCUAGAAGGAUCUUUUAUCAUCGUCUUCAGACAGUUGGACAGCAUCAGACAAACUAAGAUUUCUGUGCUGGCUUGCGCUGUGAUCUGGGUCAUUUGCAUUAUUACCAUCUCCUUUGCUGCAGACAAAGAAUAUAUUGUUUGUAUUCUGGUCAUACUCCUUGCUCCACUGUACAUCCUCUGCUUAGCAGGGACCCUCAAAUGUCUGCCUGCUGCCACCUCAGUGCCUUUUAAGGAAAAACAAAGAAUUGUGGGAGCAGUAGUUCUACUGUUCCUUAACUACUUCGUGAUGAUCUUGCCAAUGAUCAUUUUGAUUUUACAAUACAGAUCUAACAUGGGAGAGUCACAUUCCAUAGAUGGUAUUGUGACCUUAUUUCUGCUCAGUCCUUUUGUGGACUUGAUUCUUUUCUUUUUCAUGUGUGACUGGUUCACUGACAAGCUGGUGGCACCUUUGUUCUGCUGCAUCAAGGUUGACAGCACCCCAUCAACAACAGUGUGACCGACGGUAGGACAGACAGGUGGCUUGAUUUAGGCAGAGAGAAGAAGAAGCAAAAUACGAUGAAAAUGCAGGAAAAGGAAAAAAAAUUGGUAUGCAAACAAAACAAUUUAUAAAUGUUGUGCAAGUGAACGUCGGCUGAUGUGUCAAAUUGAAAGUAAUUGGAAGCAUUGUUUUGUUCAGUAAUGAUGCUGUCAUUAAAAAUGUGGAAUUUUUCCUGAAAUCACCAAUAAAACCCCCGGCCAGCA